ACUACGGUUUCUCGACGAAAUAAAGUUAGUCUUUGUGAUUUUAAAUUAAAGCAAACGUACUGCGUGAUUCAUAAGCUUGGAUAUCUCCUGUAAAAAUUCUCCUUAAAAACUGGCGAAAAUGGUAUUAGCUGAAAAAAAUAGUGAAAAUAUCCGAAACGGUAGAAGAAGUCGGGGACCAAGUCCGAAUGGUCACGUACAACCAGAUUCUACUAGCGAAGAUGAGAGUAGUGUACCAGUGGAUAAAAUAAGAGUUGGACGUGAUUAUCAAGCGGUAUGCCCCGAAUUGCAAACUGAAAGUCAAAGAAAACUUGAACUUCUAGCUGAUAGAGCACUACUAGUUUGGUCACCAACAGAAUGCAUUCCGGAAUCGAAACUGGAAGAUUACAUCGUACUUGCUAAAGAUAAAUACGGUUAUAAUGGAGAACAAGCUCUUGGUAUGUUGUUUUGGCACAAGCACGAUCUCGAAAGGGCCAUGCUCGAUUUGGCAAAUUUCACCCCGUUUCCGGACGAAUGGUCAGUCGAAGAUAAGGUGUUAUUCGAACAAGCUUUCCAGUUUCACGGGAAAAGUUUUCACAGGAUACGUCAAAUGUUACCCGAUAAAACGAUAGCGAGUUUGGUGAAAUACUAUUACAGUUGGAAGAAAACGAGAUCUCGUACGAGUCUUAUGGAUAAACAAGCGAAAAAAUUGAAUACUCCUAAAGAAGAAGGCGCUCCUUCGGAAGGGGGAUCUGAAAAUGGUUCAAACGAAGAAUCUGAUCAUGACGAUAAGAAAUGGGUAUUUCAUCGCGGUAUUCAGCGUAAAACUGGAUCUGCAUCUAGCUCUUAUUCUAAGGACAGUAAUACUACGCAGGGUGAGGGUGGAGCGUGUUCUAACUGCGGAGUCGUCUGUACAGUCACUCAGGUAACGACAAAAGGGAACCUAUGUAAUUCCUGCUUCCAGCAUUGGAGACGAACGGGUACUUUGAGGCCCACUUCUGGGCCGACGGGCGGUAAACGUGGUACCCCGUUAGGGGCACGUCAUAAACGCAAGCCCCCACGCGGCAUGUUCAUCAACCAUGACGAUCUGGCUGCAAUGGCUUCCGGAAAUACGGGCGUCGUCAUGCUUAAAGCCAUGGAUAGAGAACUAGAUUCCCUACAAAGACAAAUUCAACAGAACAAACAGACGAUCAGUUCGUUGAAACGCAAACAUUCCGAUUCGAUAGAAGAUUUACGUCCCGCUGCGGAAACCAAUACUCGAUAUAACGCGCGUUGGACGAACGAGGAACUCUUAUUGGCCGUCCAAGGAGUCAGAAAAUACGGGAGAGAUUUCAAAAGUAUCGCCGAGGUUAUAGGAAACAAGACGGAACAUCACGUGCGCACAUUUUUCAUCAAUUACAGAAAGAGAUACAAUCUGGAUAGCAUUUUGAAGGAAUGGGAAAAGGAGCACGGGCCGUUGCCGGAGGAUAUCACCGAUUUGAAGAGCGAAAACGACGAUAACGAUAAUGACGUCAUCUGUAUAUCGCCGUCUCCGACGCCGAGCAAUAAAAAAGACAACAAAAACGGAAAAGUGACGCAAGUUGCUAAAUGAUGAUUUUACGUGUGUUGUGAGUUUAUGAGAUUCCGUUUAAUUAAGGCGUAAGUAGAUUUUUUUUCUUAUUUUUCGUUUUCAAAUGGUGGGUGGAUUCUUUACAAAAAAAUAUUAUCUUUUCCUAAUCACAGUUACAAAAAUCUAUCGAAACCCACCUCAAUUAUAUAUAUUUUUUAAUUGAUUUGGACUUAUAAUUUGUAUUGUGGGAUUUUUUUCUAUUUGCACUAUUUUUAAAGUUUUUUAAUCGCCCCCGUAGACAUUUUCGUCUAUUGAACGUGACCUGUAAAAAAAAUGAUUUUCUCUACUUUAAUCCGAUUCAAAAUUUUAUUUAUUUAUUGAUUUAUAUAAGAAAACGUAUUAGGGCACUCUGUACAUCGAAUUGUUUCGUAUUCUAUUAUAUAAUUAUACUUUAAAACGACAUAAUUUAAUCAAAUAAUACUUUUUAUAUAUUUUUAUUUCAUUCGAUAUUCUGUAUCACAUACGAGGGCUGUCUGUGAAAUAAUCAAACCCGAACUAAUUGUUUUCUUCCUACUAUUAUUAUAAUCAACAGAUUUAUAAUAAAAGUUGUUUUAGGACACUCACCUGUUACAUUAAACUCAAAUUAUCCUGGUCUCAAUCGAAAAGAAGAAAAACUUUGUUAGGCACAUGAUCAAUAUUUGUCGAUAACUUAAUUUCAUCUUGAUUAUCUUCAUUAAGUUUGGUUACUUUAUAAUUAACCCUCGUAUUAAGAUAUAUUUGCAAUAGAAGAAAAUCACGAUACAGACUAUAAUAGACAAAUCUUUAUAAUAUUCAAUAUAUUUAUAAUUUUAUGGCUAAUUUUUAAUUUUGUAUAUUUAUAUCGUUUUUAAAAAUAUCGGUUAUGAAUUUUGUAUAAAGUUGAAACCAAAGGAAACGAAAAUUUGUUUUGAUUUUGUAUGGAGACGACACCUAGCGACGACUAUUCAUUUAUUCUAUAUUGAAUGUUUUUUUUUUUUUUUUUUUGAUAAAAAUCGAUAGAUGGUGCAAUAUUCGAUUUUUAGUACAACUGGAACUUUUCUUAAAAUUUCUGAUAGGAAAAAUGUUCGUAACGAGUUUUAGGAAAUGUUGCGUUGUAGCGGAAAAGAAGCAAUAGCAUUGUUUCCUUCGUUUUUUUCCUCGUACAAAUAAUUUAUGAAAAUUGGAGGAGCUACACCGACUGAACUUGUAAUUUAAGUAGUUUAAUUUCAUAACAAAAUUUGUUAGUAUCUAAAAUUAAAAUUAAAGUGAAAAAAAAACUAUUUCUAAUUUUUAUUUUCGAUUGGCUACAAGGGUAAAACCAAAAAUAUGUGCAGUGAUUCGGAGUUUGAAUGAUUUUUAAAAAAUUAUAUUUCUUUUAGAGACUCGUUUUUAUAAAAAAAAUCGCAAUGGGAAAAAAACCGAUAAUAAAUAUUUAAAAAAUAAAUAUAUAAGAUACGGAAAACGCGGUAUAAUAUAGUAUAUUAUAGAAGGAGUAGAUAUGGAAGAAAAUACAUUUUAUUAAAAAAAAUCUUGAAUAUUUUCCAUUUCGUGAAAAUUAUUAAUUGGAUAUAUUUAUCUAUUAGCACAGGGACGGAUCAAAUUGUGUUGUUUCCUCGCGUUUAUUUUGUUUUUUUUUUUCUUAAAUUUACGGGAAGGUCCGGCUCUGUAAACAAAUCACUGUUUUGGUAUGUAGUGUAUCCCUGUAAUACUUAGAAUGUAACAUAAUAUGUAAAUAAGAUAAUUGAUUAGUUGAAAUAAUGUAAAUAGUAGUUUUAAAAGUUCAAUUUUCGUUUAAAUAUUUAUAUUUCAUAAAACUACGUAAUCGAAUAUUUCAGGCACGGUGGCUACGAAAAAAAUAUUUAUUACAAAUGAAAUUUCACUCGUUUUGUUUUUGUUUUUAUUUUUUUCACGUACAUAUUAGUGUGCUGACAUAUUUUUACAUAAAAUAGUUUGUAAGUUAUUACCAGUAGUUUAGUCGAUAAUUAUAUAACUAUAUUAUAAACUCAA